CCAAGUUUACCCAUAGUUAGCACCUCUUCUAUAUUUCCUUGGGUGCAUCACCGUCCCUGAUCUUCUUGGCUCGUUAUUGACUGAUGCGACUCCUCUAAUAACCUAUUUACAAUCAUAAUUUUCACACUUUUGACCGGUCGGUGGUUGCUUCGCGCAACUCUGGCAGCGUUGAUGCACUUUGGUCGAGGUGGAGGGAGCGGAUGGCGCAUGACUACUCUCUGACUGUGGCCUGACCGCAUCCAACCUCUACAUUCGCUAAGUCGUGUUUUGCCCGCUUGAUCGAAUCUCGACCUCAUUUCUUGCUUAUUUCAAUCGCCAUGUCGUUGCCACCGGAGGUCCGCGCGCGGUUUAUCACUAUCAUUGAUUCGAUCCUCGAGAGUGCUGAUCUCACAACUAUCACGACUAAGAAAAUUCGGCAAGGCAUACAGGAUCAAGUCGAAUAUGACAUUACGCCGCAGAAGAAUGCCAUCAGGGAGCUGAUUGGCGAGAGAUUUGAUCUCAUAAAUGCGAAGAGAAAUGGCGAGACUACCGUUGUCCCAUCAGUCGAGACGGCCGAAGCGGUCGAACCUUCCCCUCAGCCUAAUGGCGUCCAUCAUUCUUCUGCACAAUCCUCGAGCUCACCAACCAAACGUGAGGCAGAAAGUGAUGAUAUUUCGGAUGUCAUAGAUGCACAACCUCCGAAGAAAAAACAGAAAUCUGUCAUUGACGCGGAUGCUGCAUACGCUGCUCGCCUACAAGCCGAAGAAGACAAGAUGGCUCGGCCCACCCGUGGUGGAGUGAACCGAAAGACAGCUCCUGUCAAGAAGAAGAAGAGGUCGAAGAAGGAGCGUGUGACUGGAUCAGAUGACUCGGACCUCGAGGGAGAGGAUCGCAAGCAAAAACCGAAGCGAGAAACGGGUUUUCACAAACCGCUCAAUCUUUCGCAAGCUUUGUCGAAUUUGUUCGAUGGGGCAACGCAGCUGUCACGGCCGGAGACUACCAAACGCAUAUGGGCGUACAUCAAAGCGAAUGGUCUGCAAGAUCCCAGCGACAAGCGAUACAUCAUCUGCGACGCUAGGAUGCGAGAAGUGUUCAAGCAAGACAAGGUCCACAUGUUCACCAUGACAAAGUUGAUCUCGCAGCAAAUGUAUAACCCUGAUGAAUGAAGACUUGAUGGAACACUUAGAAACAACGUUUGGGCAGGGCUGAGGACAUCAAAAUUCCAAUUCUGCGUUAUUCCUCAGUGAAUUAAUAAGCCAAUUCGAGCGGCACAGGAUUCGGAGCGAAAGUUGGGCGUUGGGCUCACAGAGGGACAAUUACGGUUAGGAUCGGGCAAAAUCUUUGGACAAGGUUUGAUUUGCUUGCAUGCGUUCAGAGAUGGCUCUGGGACACGAAGGCCAAGUGAUCAAAGCAGAUAUGGAAAUAUCAGAUAGAAUGACUUACAGGAGCUGGACUUGAGCGAUUGCUAGUCUGGCAUGUGUGGCUCUCCGUCCGCGAGUGGGCAGUCAGGAGUGCCCAGCCUCGCUGACUAAAGCACUUCAGAAACGCCUUGCUGCUUUGUCCCGCUUGCAGUCUUGAGGGAAUUGCAUCAUGACUCACGGUGAAUCGACUAUGAGCUAGAAUGUGCGAGACAGGCCUUGAUUCCCAAGGCGCGUUACCAUAAUGAACCCUGUCUCGAAAAAGCGUCUGUGGAGAACUGAU